AUGGCUGUGUCGCCCACACGUGAGCAAUGGCAAUAUGUUUAUGACAACGCAACGGAGAAAAGCACAAACGGGAGCUCAGUUUUCGCGAUACCAGCAGAAUUUUAUUUAAGUGACUGGAUGCGGAUCCUCUCUCUGGUCAUAGUCCUGGUUGGGCUGGUGGGGAACAGCAUGGUCCUGUGGCUCCUGGGCUUCUGCAUUCCGAGGAACCCCUUCUCUGUCUACAUCUUCAACCUGGCCUGGGACUUUGUGAUCUUCAUAUAUGGCUUUCUUAGCUAUCUGUAUCAUUCUUUCAUAUACGUAGUAGUUAUGUACCUGGCAUACCCGUUCUACAGCGUGGGCCUGAGCCUCCUGGCUGCAAUCAGCACCGAGCGCUGUCUAGCUGUGCUCUUCCCCAGCUGGUACCUACAUCACCGACCCAAGAACACAUCUGCAGCUGUGUGCGCUGUCCUCUGGGCACUACCUGUAUGGUUCGGGGGAGCAGAUUUUUUCCUUUUUGAUUAUGUAAGAAGUCCGGUUUUCUGUGGCCCAUUCUCCACAAUACUGGUCGUGUGGUUCACGCACUUCACCCCAGUGCUGUGCCUGUCCAGCCUGACUCUGCUGCUGAGGGUCCAGUGCAGCUCCCAGCGCCGGCAGCCGCCCAGGCUCUACCUCCUCGUCCUGCUCAUGGUCCUCGUGUUGCUGCUCUGUGGCCUGCCCAGGGAAAUCCAAGCCAGAAUAUCUGGUUUUUCCUUAGAUUUCAUGCCUUAUUGGCUCACUACGUUCUUAGCCUGCCUGAAAAGCAGAGCAUAUCCCCUCAUUUACUUCCUGCUGGACAGUGGAAGGCAUAGAGGAGGCAGAGAGCCCCUCAGGGUUGUCCUCCAGAGGGCCCUGGCAGAGGAGCAGGAGCUGGAGGGUGGAAGAGGAGACUCUCACCUCACCAACAGGCGGGAGACGUCAUUCUAA